AUGGAGCAGAAAACGACAGAUCGACCCUCGGAUGAGGAGCCCUUUCUCAACGACCAAGAACGGGACCAAUUUCAGCUUCCCUUACCGCCGGCUUGGCAGAGGAGAUGGGCCAAAUUUCUGCCGUUCUCUGUCGUGUUGAACAUCGGUCUGAUAUUGGCACUGCUGGCUGUAUUGGGCCUUCUCCGUCACGACCCCAGCAAGCAUUACAUUCCAAACGAGAUCUACUCACCUGCGCACUCCGUAGUCGAGUAUGAGAACAUCCACUUUACGGGGGGCCUCGAGAGCGAGAGAGCAGUCUCCAAGUAUCGUGGUAGCUCAAAAGAGGUUGACGAUGCAUGGGAAAAUCUCUACAACACGGCUCCUCUCAUCAACGCCUCAACGCGCUUCUCCAACGACAGCAACCAGUACAUGGUGCAGCUCGACGUCUUCCACCAGCUGCACUGUCUGAACAUGCUGCGUCAGGUGCUGUACCCCCUCACCUACCACCUGGACGUGACUUCGGGAACGCAGACGGCCAAGAGCACGAUCCAUCACAUGGAGCACUGCUACGAGCAGCUGAGGCAGGCCAUCCAGUGCUCCUCCGACCUGUCCACCAUCACUUGGGCGUGGAGCAGGGAUAAGGGCAGAUAUGUCGGAAACGUGCACACGAUGCAUACGUGCAGGAACUUUGACAAGAUUCAUGAGUGGGCUGAGGAGAAUAUGGCUAAGCAAGAGUUGGACUUUUUUGGCUAUGUCGAGGGAUCACCCAUCUUCCCACCAGAACUCGACGACUUUGAUUCGUAG